AUGGUCGGAUUCUUCGAUCCAGGCAAGAUUGGCCAAACUGGUCACCAGUCUUACUAUCAAAGCCCUUACUCAAAGAGUGCCCCCUUGACUUGGAUCAAACUGAUCGCUGAAUCCCGCUUCUCAAAAACACCAUCCAAACACGUCUUCACAUUUUUCACUGUGAUCAUCAAAGCCACUCACUGUGUUGCCGUUGCUGACGAAUCUUUGCAGGCCUUCAACGACUUGAAGUUGGGCAAGAAGCACAAGUUCAUCAUCUACAAGUUGAACGACUCUAAGACCGAGAUUGUUGUCGAGGAGACCUCUACCGAGUCUGACUACGACGCUUUCUUGGAGAAGUUGCCUGAGAACGACUGCAAGUACGCCAUCUACGACUUUGAGUACGAGAUCGGUGGAGGUGAAGGUAAGAGAAACAAGAUUGUUUUCAUCACCUGGUCUCCAGACACCGCUCCCAUCAGAUCCAAGAUGGUGUACGCCUCUUCCAAGGACGCUUUGAGAAGAGCCUUGAACGGUAUCUCUACCGACAUCCAGGGUACUGACUUCUCUGAGGUUGCCUACGAGACCAUUUUGGAGAAGGUCUCCAGAGCCGCCGGCUCCCACUAA